CCCUUCCAUCUCAAAAAGUCAAACAAUCAAUUUUGCAACACAGAUCAUUCAAUCCACGAUACAACACACUCUGUAUAACUUCUUGAUAUUCUUCUAUCCCUUAAAAUUUUACACCUAGAGACUCAAAUACCGUAAAGAGUAUGCUAAUUUCCCAAUGGAUUCAGCCACUUGACAUUUUAAUACUAACGAUGUACCAGUGUUGGAAGCUCGCCUCGAACAAGCCGACCUUCUUAAGAAGGUAAAGAAAAUAUCAUCUUUAACUCCAUUCCCAUGCUAACGGUAUAACGUAGGUUGUCGAUGCCAUCAAAGAUCUCGUCCAAGAUUGCAACUUCGACUGCAAUGAUUCAGGAAUCGCGCUCCAAGCUAUGGAUAACUCCCACGUUGCGCUCGUCUCUAUGAUGCUUAAGGCUGAAGGAUUCUCUCCUUACCGAUGUGAUCGCAAUGUUGCGCUUGGUGUCAACCUUACAUCUCUUACAAAAGUUCUGCGGGCUGCACAAAACGAGGAUAUUCUCACCAUCAAAGCCGAGGAUGCACCAGAUGUUUUAAACUUGGUGUUUGAGAGCAGUGAAAGUGAUCGAUUGAGCGAGUAUGACUUGAAGUUGAUGGAUAUUGAUCAAGAACAUUUGGGUAUUCCAGAUACAGAGUAUGCGGCUGUUAUUACUAUGCCAAGUACGGAGUUCAAGAGGAUCUGUGUAGAUCUUAUGGCUUUGUCCGAGUCUGGUAUGUAUUACUGUUUUCCUGUACAGGUAUUGAUCCUAAUUUUUUGUUUUGAUAGUAUCGAUUGAGGCUUCGAAAGAUGGAGUCAAGUUCCAGUGCAAUGGUGAUAUCGGAAACGGUGCUGUUACCCUUCGCAGCCACAGCAAUGUGGACAAGCCAGAGCUUAACGUCGAUAUUGAGCUUACCGAACCGGUCUCCUUGACCUUCUCCCUUAAAUACUUGGUCAACUUCUGCAAGGCUGCUGGUUUGUCUAAAUCUGUCAAACUUUGCUUGUCCAAUGAGGUUCCUCUUUUGGUCGAGUAUCAGCUUGCUGGAAGCAGUUACUUAAGAUUUUACUUGGCACCAAAGGUAUGUUGACAUGCAUAAUCCAAUAUCUGCUGAUAGGGAAGCUAACAUUUAUUUUCAAGAUUGGUGAUGAUGAGUAGAUGAUGGUAGUCAAAAAGGUUUAAUGAACAAUGAUAUUGAAGUUUACAGCAUAUCAGUAUAGCGUGUGGGUUAAUUUAUGGAUAUGGACUAUGAUUGUGGUAAAUUGUGCCAUGAAUGAAUGGUUUUGUUCUUCAGUACCUGGCAUGCGAUGAAGCAAUUCGUUGAUUUCUCUCUGUAGAACCUGUUU